GUGGGGUCUGUUACUUCUCAUUUCUACAAGUCAUUUCUGGUUUUAUUUCUCAGUAAGGCGUGAGACCUUUGUUCCGAUGACUAACAAAUUGAAAAACAAUCAGAGAGAUACAGGAGCCACAAACAACUGUGACAUCAACAUGAACUUUGGUUUCCUCUUCACCAUCGCAAUUCUUGUUUUGAGAUUAGUCAGAGGAUGUAUGUUAGAUGUCCAAAAGCCAACGAUGCUCAUGAGAAGAAAAGAGCGACAGUCUGUCUCCAUUCCCUGCUCUGUCAAUACAUCCAGCUGUCAACAAACACCUGAAAUCUCUUGGUAUGUGUUCCGGAAAGACUUUCACUACCAGAUUGAUUUGUCAAGCCAGCAACUGAAGUACAAACUGGAGCAUCAUGAUCUGAAAAUCAGCUCUUUGUCAAAAGCAGACUGUGGGGUGUAUUACUGUGCAGCGGCUCUGCUGGCAGGGACUCACAGUGGGGCGCAGGCAAUCGGACAGGGAACCACUUUGAAAGUGUCAGAGAGGGGCUUAAACGUCCCUCAAACACUGCUUUUGACACUGCUUGUCCUGCUGAGUGUCUACAGCCUCCUGGUCCUGGGCAUCCUCAUCUGCAUUAAGACUGGACAAUUCAACUCAGUUGUUAAAAGAAGAUGGAGUAAAACUAAUAAAAAGGAGGACUCUGCUAGCCAAGUGAUUUUCAGUGGAGUGGUGCAAGAGCUGUGCAAGAGGAACUUAAGUGGUGACAAAUUUCAGGCACGCUACAAAGUUUCCCAAGACAAGUCUAAAGGUCUUCAAAACCAUUGUGAAGAUAUUUACCAAAAUCUUGAUGAGUAAAAGAAAA